AUGAAACUUUUGGAUAAUUUGCUCAGAAACGAUCAAGAAGUUGAAAGUUCUAAUUUUCGUUGAAUUCGUAGUGAUAAAAAAUUGGAUCUUGAAGAAAUUAAUCUUGAAACCAUGGAAAAAGCAUCUUAUGGAAUUUCUUCCCCUACAGAUUAUAAUGCAUUAAACACUUGCAUAUGCUCUUUGCCUGGAAACAAAUCAUUUUGCUAUAGAGGCUAUUUCAACUAUUCCAAUCAUAAUGGCAUUGCUUUUAUAAUUGAUGAAGAUCAUAAAAUCCAAAUCCUUCCUUCAGAAAUGUCAACUGUUGGAUAUUGCGCAACCUAUUACAACAAUUUUGUCUAUAUGUUUGGGGAUUCUUCUCUAUGUCGAUAUAAUUUGAUUAAACGACGAUGGGAAAAGCUAGUAAAUAAAUGUACCUCAGGUAAUUGCUGCUCUUGUACAUCAUUAAAUGGCAUGAUUUUUGUUGCCUUAUAUGAUUAUGCAUAUGCGUUUAUAUUUGACUUAUGGACGUUUUCUUAUUCCUUAUGCAAUCUUGAGCUAGAACAAGAUUGCAUAAAAAUUAUUUGCAAAUAUGACAAUGUAGCUUACUUAAUUGACUUUUCUGGUCUAAUAUGGGAAAGUGAUGAAAACGAUCUUUAUAUAUGAAACAUUAUUGGUCCUUGCAACCCUUUAUAUUUUUAUACUUAUUCGAUUAAAGUAUUUUAUAAAAAUUCUUGGUAUUUCAAUAUGGAUUCGGUGAUUAUGAAAUUUAAUUUGGAUAAAAAAACUGUUAGUAAAACUAGUGGAAGUAUUUCAUAUGAGUAUGGAUCUAGUUGGAAUAAGGAAUAUCCUAUAGGAUAA